AUGCCCAAAAGCCGCGCCGUGCUCGCGAGCAUCUACGUCGACGGCGACGUCAUCGGCCGCACGAGCCGGCGCCGCCGGGUGCGGGAGCCCGUCUGGGACCGCACCUUCGGUUUGGAGGUCGCCGAGGACAAGUCCCUCCAAACCAAGGUCGUCUUCCAGGAGCAGGUCAACAACGCCGCGUCCAUCGUCGGCACGGUGGAGCUCGACGGCCGCGAGCUCUGCGCGAAGACGGGCGAGUGGCGCGGCUGGAUCAAGGAACGGAAGACCAUCAGCCUCAUCUCCCACCGCUUCGCGGCGCUGAUCGAGCUGCGCCUCGCCAAGCCCGGCGAGGGCCCGUCCCCCCGCGCCCAGAUCUGCGCCGUCGAGGACGACGACGGCUGCGGCAACGACCAGAUCAUCGUCGACGUCACGCGGGCGCGGUCGCUCGCGAAGGAGUCGAAAUUCGCGCAGACGGCGACGUACUGCGAGGUCCACUACGGCGGCGCGCUCAUCGGCGUGACGCGCGUCGUCAAGGGCAGCCUGUCGCCGGAGUGGAACGGCAACUUCCACUACGCGCUGUCCUACGGCGGCCGGCCCUGCUCGCUGAAGAACAAGAACAAGAAGCUCGUCGUCCGCGUCAUGAACCGCCACAAGACGGCCGAGGACGCCUUCCUCGGCGAGGUGAGCAUCCCCAAGGUGAACCAGCUCGGCAAGGACGACGGCGCGGUCCGGCGCACGCCGAACUGCAUCGAGAAGCAGUGGUACCGCCUCACGGCCGGCGGCGAGGAGCGCGCGGUCGUCUCGGGCGACGUCCAGGUCGCCGUGCGCUUCGACGCCGCCUUCGAGAACGACGAGCAGGCGCGGCCGCCCGGCGCGUUCUUCGAGCACUACGCGGACCCGGACCUGCGCGCGCUCAAGCUCCUCGGCGACCUCUGGGACGAGCUCGACGAGGAGAACGACGGCACGCUCUCCGAGGAGCAGUUCGUCGCGCUCUACCAGCGCCUCGCGUCCGAGAACUUUGGCGAGGACGACGGCCGCGCCAAGGCCUUCUCCGACGCCGACGAGUCCCAGAAGAUGCGGUCCAAGGCGACGUCCCACGUCGAGCAGGCCCAGCUGCCCGCGCCGGACUGGAAGGAGGUCGCCGACGGCACCGUGCUCACCUUCGCGGACGCGCGCCGCGUCCUCGACAAGGCGCGGGGCCUCCGGUCGAAGCGCGAGCACAGCUUCCGCGUCACGGGCGUGACGCUCCACCGGGGCCUGAACCUCGUCGCCAAGGACGGCGGCGGGCUGUUCUCGCUGACGCCGGGGUCUUCCGACCCCUACGUGAAGGUCUUCCUCGGCGGCGCGCUCCUCUCCACGACGGACAUCGUCUACAAGACGCUCGACCCGACCUUCGAGCUCAAGAUCGACUGCGACGUGCUCGUCACGGACCUCGAGGGCACGUCCUCGACGCGCGACGACGACGACGACGACGACGACGGCGUCUUCGCGUGGUCGCGCGACGACGGCAUGGGCCUCGUGUCCAUCGACAUCGGCGCGACGCUGCACCGCGCGUUCCUGAAAGCGCAGCGGGAGCGCAAGUACCACGUCGCCGUGGCCAACGACCGGCGCAGCGCGACGCACCGCGCGUUCUACGACGUCCUGCCGUCCAAGGGCUGCCACCACGCCACGGGCCAGCUCGAGGUGUCCCUGGACUACGCCGUCCUGGGCAAGGACGGCGACGAGGCCGAGCCGGGCACGCCGGCGAAGGCGUCGGCGGCGAGCAACAAGGAGAAGCGCGAGUCGCUCGCGCGCACGGACAAGCACUGGGCGUUCUGCCGGGGCCCCUGCGACGUCGUCUUCAACGCCGAGCACCCGGCGGAGACGACGGACCCCUUCACGUCGUUCCCGCUGACGCGGAACGUCCUCUUCGGCGAGGCCGUGGCGCCGCCGUCGUCGCGGGGCCGCCGCUGGCUCGCGCUGGGCCCCCGCGUCGCGAGCCGCGACAUCUACCUGCGCUUCUGCCUGCGCAUGUGGCACGGCGAGGCCGACUCGACGGCGGCGCCCCACGAGCCCACGGAGAGCGUGUCCAUCCACUGGGCCGAGUGCACGGUCGACGCGGACCGCGGCGGCGCGGACCUCGUCCUGUCGCUCGUGACGGAGCGCUACGGCACCGUGGAGCUCCACUUCGACAACGCGCGCGAGUGCCGCGAGUGGUGGACGAAGAUCGUCAACGUGCGGGACCGGACGCUCCGCCUCGGCCUCGACACGGACCCGCGGUGCUGGACGGGCGUGUCCCGGCGCGACCGGCCGUCCCUCGCGCGUCUUACGAGCUUCCGCGUGGACCCGGGCCUGGCGCCCCCGGCGGCGUCCGACGGGCGGCGCGCGGGCGUGCUGGCCGAGAUCGCGGACCGCGUCGCGAACCGCGUCACGGGAGCGCCCCGGACGGCGCGGCCCGCGCAGCAGCACGUGGAGCUGGGCCCCCGCGUCUUCGCCUACAAGUCGGGCUACAACCACAACGUCUCCGUCGUCGCGCGCACGGACUUCGCCGUGCAGGUGCCCCAGCGCCGCGGCGCGACGGUCCGCGCGUCGCUCUGGGUCCCGCAGCGCGCAGGCGAGACGGAGGGCGUCCGCGAGCACCUGAGCGUCGUCCUCUACUGCGGCUCGAACCAGCGGUCCGGGCGGCUCGACUGCGUCGCGUCGCACGCGCUGACCGUGUGCCUGGAGUUAGGGGUGGCGUGCUGCGCGAUGGACUUCCUGGGCACGGGCGCGUCCGACGACGCCUACAGCGGCCUGGGCGCGCUGGAGCGCCACGACGUCGCCGUCGUGGCCCAGUACCUGCGGGCGUCGCGGCGGCCGAAGAAGUUGCUAUUUUGGGGGGGGCACUGCACGGGCGCGGUCGCGGCUUUGCUCUGCUCGGCGAUGAACGACCCGUUGGCCUGCGCGGUCGUCGCCGACGGGCCCUACGCGACGCUCGGGGCCUACGUGGGCGACCUCCUGGACGCGUCGGUGUCCAAGGCGGCGGACGUCGACUGGGCGCGGCAGCGCGUCGACGGCGCGCUGCUCCGGCGCUGCGGCCUCGUCGCGGACGACGUCGACGUGCUCAAGGCCGUGUCCACGAAGCUCUUCCGCGACACGACGGAGGUGUUGAUCAUCGGCGACGAGGACGACGACGUGCUCGGCGCCGAGCCGGCCAUCGCCAUCGCCGACGGCGUCCGCGGCCGCGAGCGGCGGUCCGGCGACGACGACGACGACCUGCUGCUGGUCCGCGGCCGGUCGAAGAAGAUGAAGGACACGCACCAGCACGCGCCCCGGGCCCUCGCGGAGAUCGCGGGCUUCAUCGCCACGCGCCUCGGCGCCGUCUUCAUCGGCGCGCGCCUCUUCACGCACGACCCGCCGCGCGGCAUCAAGCCGACGCUCACGAACGGCACGCCGCCCUGGGAGACGCACGACAUCGACGCGAACAACAUCGACGCCGUCGAGGCGGCGAAGCACGCCGCCCACGGCGCCGCGGCGAAGAUCCAGGCCAAGCGCCGCAGCGUGCUGAACCGCAAGGAGAAGCGGUCCUCGACGGCCGCGAAGCAGCGGUCCUCGACGGCCGCGAAGCAGCGGUCCUCGACCGCGGACAAGGGCGUGCCCAAGGAGAAGCGCGUCUCCGCGGCCUGGAAGAAGGAGGUCCCCAAGCUGGACUACAUGGAGAAGACGCUGGCGAACCUCGUCGGCUUCACGGAGCCGCGCACGCCCAUCGUCGUACACGUCGGCGCCAAGGUUGCCCAGAAGCACUACGAAUCGCUCGUGCGGCGCCACGCCAGCGACCGCGUGCAUUUCAACCCGCGGCGCAUCUGGACGCACCACGCGACGGGCACGAUCCUGGAGGCCCACGUGUCCAACGCCGAGCGCGCGCGGGAAAUCGAGCUUCCGUUCGACUACGUCGUCUUCAGCGCGUCCAAGGCGCGGCUCUUCGUGCGCGGGCUGGAAGCCUACGUCGUCGCCAAUCAAAUGACGCGCCUCAAGGACAUUGCGGGCGGCCUGCACUGCGAGACGGACGCGGCGACGCGCCGCGCGUUCCUGUGGGACGCCGAGCAUCGGGUCCGCGCGAAGGACCCGCACGGCUGGUACUUCGACGCGCUCCGCGCGAGCGCCGGCGACUGCCGGCCGGCCUUCUCGAACCACGAGGGCUUCUUCCUGCCCGCGCCGCUCCUCCUGCGCUUCGCGGACUGGGCGCGGGCGACGACGGCGACGAUCCGCGGCAACGCGUCGUCCGUGCUCGACCACGCGGCGUCCGUCGUCGGCGCUUUGGGCGGUAACGGCGUCGAGGAGUUGUACCUGCAGAGUUAUAUCGCCACGCGCGAGCGGGACGCGCUGAAUCGCACGGGCGCGGCGCUCUGCGAGCACUGGCCGCCGCGCCAGCGGCGCGUCGGCGUCUUCGACGCGCUCUCCUACCGCCUCGGCCGGAACAUGUCGCGCCUCCUGGCGCCCUUGGAGAUCAAGCGCUGGGCCGGCGACGACCGCGAGGACCGGGUGCUGGAGUGCUGGGCGCGCGAGGACCGCGGCGGCGCUCCGGACGACUCGGCGCGCGCGGCGCGGAGCACGCUCCGGUGCCUGCGGGCGGCGCACCUCGGCCACAUGCUCCCGAAGAAGAACAUGACCGGGGGCAUGGACCGCGGCCGGCGUGCGGCCUUCUCGGUCCUGGGCGCCGACGACCCGUUCCCGGACACGGCGCGCACGGCCGCGGCUCGGGGCCUGAGCCGGUCGCUGAGCACGCGCGACGACUCGACGACGCCGUCGAACUUGGUGGUGGGGUCGGCCCUCCUCGAGACGGGCAGCGAGCUCGCCGCGGGCGCCGGCGCGUCGGACAUGAUGUUUAGCAGCGCCGAGGCGCCCGUGCGCGCGCCGCUGGGCGCGGACGACGAGCUCGACGAGGACCCGGAGCUCGGUCCGGCGCCGGCGCAGCCGGACCCGCCGCGGAGCCCGUCGGCCGCGCGAAAGUUGUGGAAGACGGACCGCCACUCGCGGUCGCCCGCGCCCGUGCAGUACCUCACGGAGCAGGACCUGAUCCCCCAGUCCCCGCGCGACGAGGAGGACGCGCCGAGCUGCUGGUUCUGCGGCAUCACCGCCGGCUGCUUCCGCGAGGACGCGAAGCCCGCGUCGGACGCCGACGAGUACUGGACGCUGUCGUCGCUCCUCACGACGGACACGCCCCCGACGAGGACAUGCUCGGAGACGUCGAGCGUGUGCACGCGCGACGAGCUGUAG